AUGGGAAUAAAAUGUUACUGUCACCAGAAUAACUUUAUAAUUUACCGAAAACAUCAACCAGUAAAGUGUCUCUGUAUCGCCCUAAGACAACCAAGAACUUUAGAUAUGUCAGAAGAUACAACAUCAUCCUUUGAAACAACGGAAAAAGCCAUAGAUGUCCUCAUGAAGGAAAACGCUUCGGCUACAAAUUCCUCGGAGUUUGACAACAAUAUUGUUAGUCAAACAGCAUUUUCUUCUGAAAAGGAUACUACUACAGCCAAAAAUAAAUUGCCAUUACAACCGAUUUUGCUAUGUCUAGCUACGUCAUUUGCUGGUUUUAUUUUUGGUUGGGAUGUCGGUACCAUAGGUGGGAUUACAAACAUGGCUUCAUUUCAAAACCACUUUGGUACUAAAUAUAAUGCUGCCACAAAUAUGUACUACUUCCCCAAAAUGCUUGUUGGGUUGAUUGUAUCCAUUUUCAACAUUAGCUGCGCUUUAGGUGGUCUAUUUCUUGUUAAGAUUGCUGAUAUAAAUGGAAGGAAACCUGGAAUAUAUGCAGCUCUAACCAUCUACUCUUUGGGAACUUUGAUUGGUUGGACUUGUGGCGCGUCAUGGUGGUAUUUCUUCUUUGCGAGAUUUAUUUCUGGAUUAGGUGUUGGUGCUACUGCAGUUAUGAUCCCCAUGUUCAUUGGAGAGUCUGCACCUAUUAAUAUUCGUGGUGCUAUGGUUGUUCUUUAUCAAUUGAUGAUUACUUUAGGGAUUCUAGCCGGAAAUAUUGUUAAUUAUAGCUGUAAGAACACUUUGAAUGCAAGGGACAAUAUUACCUGGAAGAUCCCUGUGGGGUUAGGAAACUUAUGGGCAGCAAUUGUGGUUCUUGGAGUUCACUUAAUGCCAGAAUCCCCUUUAUUCCUCACUAAAAGAUUCGGUGACGUUUUGCAAGCCAAAAAAUCUUUUGCUCGUAUGAACAGCUUAAAUACAGACGAUCCUCUUGUCGAGAAUCAUAUUCAAAACCUUAUGAAAGAAGCAGAGGCAGACGAUAAGUUGGAUGAAGGUACGAAACAUGGAAAGUUUGAAUUUAUCUUCGGUGAGCCUAGAUUAGGUUUCAGACUAUUUAUUGGUAUUAUGGUUAUGGCAUUCCAACAACUAUCUGGUGCAAACUAUUUCUUUUACUAUGGGACAACUCUUUUUAAUUCUGUUGGAAUUGAGGACCCAUACUUAACCUCUAUUUUAUUAUCAUCAGUCAACUUUGCAUCGACAUUUUUGGGUAUCUAUUUGGUAGAAAGGUUAGGCCGAAAAGCUUGUUUGAUUCUUGGUUCGGUUGGUAUGUUCACUUGUAUGUCAAUAUACGCAUCAGUUGGAUCGUUUGCCUUGACAAAAACUCCUCAAGCUUCUGGUGCAGUUAUGAUCACUUUUACUUGUAUAUAUAUCAUGUUUUUUGCAUGUACAAGUGGUCCAGUUUCUUUCGUUGUCAUCUCAGAGUUGUUCCCUGCUAGGACAAAGGCUAUUUCAAUGGCUAUUUGUACUUCGAUGAAUUGGCUCUGUAACUUUUUCAUCUCACUUUUCACUCCUUAUGUUACUGAGAAGAUCGGAUUCAAACUUGGGUUUGUUUUCGCUGUGUGCUUAUUCGUAUCGGUAUGGUUCUUCACAUUCUUUUUGAAGGAAACCAAGAAUAAAACGUCCGAAGAAGUCGACAAACUAUAUGCUCUCACUGAGUAA